AACACAAUCCCGAAGAAGUGGCAUUUUGACGUUUCAACAUGCAUGUGAUUUGUAUAUCCGAUCUAGUCGUCUAGAUUCGUUUUCAAUCGGUAGUUUAGCUUUCUGUGUGUGUCUUGUUCUUUCUAAACCUCAUCACGCUGCGUCUGGUGUGGAGAGAGGACUACCUAACCAGCCAGUGGGAUAGAUAUGCAGUAGCAACAACAAGGAUCGUGUGAAAUGAUGGGCUUUUUAUUUUUGUUUCACUACGAAUCAAAUCUAACCAAAAGCUUAAAUUGUUACAAGAAAAAAUAGACAGCUGUUGUGUAUAGAAUAGCACAGCAGACUUCGUUUGCAGCUUGUGGUUUUACCCACACCCUAUCUGAUCAGAUACAAAACGCACAUCAGGGAAAAUGGCGGACUUUGAGAAGGACGAAGGACUGCCCCAAACAAUGCAGGAAAACCAAGAUGACGAGGAGCCUCAAUAUACUGAUGACGCUAAGCCAAGCAAGACGCAAGACGACGCACGUUUGGAGGAAAGGGUAAUUGAAGAGGUCAGAAGGUACAACAAUUUGUACAACACCUCAUUGAAAGACUAUAAAGACUUUACCAUGACCAACAACAGCUGGAAGGAGAUAGCCAAAACUCUGAGAGUAGAAGAACAGAUUUGCAGGACGAAAUGGAAGAACUUGAGAGACCGAUAUGUUCGACUGAGGAGGAAAAUGAAGGGGAAGAGUGGGGAUGCAGCGUCAGAAAUACAACCACAAAUACUCACCACGCUGUCCUGGCUGUCUGGCUUCAUUAAACACAAGGAGACGAAGGCAGAGGAGAUGGACACCCCAGAAGACCUGCAAGAUGACAACCUGAUCGAGCGGGAACACUUCCACAGUUCUAAUAAUGAACAGCAAGAUGGACAUUUUGUAGUUCGGAGUAAAAUACGAGCUAGAGCUCCCGGAAAGAGAACACCAUCACAUAGCAAAACAAUACAGGAGAAGGAAGAGGAGCCCCUAGAUACUGAUGACUCUGAUGAUUGGACCGAGGGUUUCAGUCCUGGAGGAGAGAAGCCACACUACUGCUUUGACUGCAGUAAGAGCUUUAGAAAAGUGAGGGAUCUUAUAAGACACCAGAGAUCACAUACUGGAGAGAAGCAUCACCACUGCCCUGUUUGUGACAAAAGUUUUGCUCAAUUAGAUAAGCUUAAAUUACACACAAAAAGACAUAUGAAAGAGGAACAUGUCACACGGCUCGAACAGGCUGGACUGAAUGUAGACCGUGUGAACACACCGCAGAGAACAGCCAGCAGAGGCAGGCAGAAGAGUCAAAUUCGAGCAUGUGCACCAGGGGGGGAAAUGGUCCAGUCACAGCCAGGCAAAGACUCGCUUUGCAAAAGUUCUGUUAGAAAGAAUCAACACGUAGAAAAAGGACAACAACCCCAAACAUCACAGGAGAAUGAAGAGGAUCCUGAAGAUACUCCUGAAGACUGGACCGAGAGUUUCAGUACUGUAGAGAAGCCCUACGUCUGCUCCGACUGCGGUAAGAGCUUCAAACAAGAGAAUCGUCUUAUAAGACAUCAGAGAACACAUACAGGAGAGAAGCCUUACGACUGCCCUGACUGUGACAAAAGUUUUGCUCGAUUAGAUAAUCUUAAAUUACACCAAAAAACACACAUGAAGGAGGAACGUAAUUUCCACUGCUCUGACUGUGUGAAAAGCUUUGUCCUAUUGGAACAGCUUGAAAAACAUCAGCUAACACACAAGAAAAGUUACAGCUGUUCAAAGUGUGAGGAAAGGUUUUCAGACCUGGUUGACUGGAAAGCACACUUUUUAGUACACAGAGAGAUCCUCCACUGUCCUGACUGUGACAAGCAGUUCUUGUACAAGGGACUUUUUGAAAGACACAGGAGAACACAUUUGAGAAAAAUAGAAACAUUUCUCUGCACAAUAUGUGGGAAGGAGUAUCGCAACAUCAAAAUACACAUGCGAGUACACACUGGAGAGACACCGUAUCACUGCACUGAGUGCGGGAAGAGUUUUCCAUACAUAAAAUCGUACCAAAGACACAUACUAACACAUACCUCUGGAGAAAGAGCAACCUAUCCUUGUUUGGAAUGCGGAAAGACAUUUACUCGCAAAGAUGGCAUGGUGAUGCAUGUGAGGAGGGUUCAUACUGGAGAGCGAAAUCAUCAGUGCAGAUACUGUGGAAAAAGAUUCUUUCGAAAAGAGAAACUUAAGGUACACAUGCUAGUUCACACUGGAGAGAAACCAUACCAAUGCUCUGUCUGUGGGCAACGCUUCUCCCAAGAUGGUGACAGAAAACACCACGAGAAGAGGCACUACUCUGGUGUCUCAGAUUUCCUCGAUCUAUAAUGCAGAAGUGGGGUUGCAGGAAGUGGGAGCCUACCUAAUCAUUGACAAUCUAAUAAUCUGUUAGCUAAAAUGUUAACAGAUUAUUAGGAUUUACAAAACCCUAUUGUUUUUCCUUCUGACCUCUUCAAUGACCUUUUCCUCCAAACUUGCGUCAUCUUGUGUAAGAUUUACAAAACCCUAUUGUUAUGGGAAUUUUAAUGUUUGUGCUUUUCUUAUAACUAAUUCCUGUGUUCUAUUCAUGUGCUGUUCUAUAAACCAAUUUCUGUGUUCAACCAA